GAGGCGGUCAAAUAGUCGAUCCGUGACACCCAUCGAGUCCUUUUGGACUGAGGACGUACUGGUUUUUUAAUUGUGAUAUUGGUGACAAACUAGAUGAAGGGAGAGCUCAACUAAAGGCAUUUUAGUGAUGUGCAGUUACCACAGCUAAGCAAGGAAAAUAAAGCUACUUUGAAGGAAAAACAAACUACCUAUUACGUUGAUAACGAUUCAUUUCUAAGAUGUCUUACGCAACGGAGAAUGUGGUGCAGUCUACGACAUGGGCCGCCACCAGCCUGUUCUACAUGCUAAUGGUGCCGGCGCUGGUGCUGUGGUACGCCUACUGGAGGAUGUCGAGGCGGCAUAUGUAUGAGUUGGCUGAGAAACUUGAGGGACCAGCUGGUUUGCCACUCUUGGGGAAUGCCUUGGAAUUCACGGGCGGCUCUGCUGAUAUCUUCCGAAACUUGGUAACCAAGAGCGAGCCGUAUGACAAAGAGGCAGUGGUGAAGAUCUGGAUCGGCCCCCGACUGCUGGUGUUCCUCUACGACCCUCGCGAUGUGGAGCUGAUCCUCAGCAGCCACGUACACAUUGACAAGGCGGACGAGUAUCGGUUCUUCAAGCCUUGGCUUGGUAACGGACUCCUUAUUAGUACAGGUCAAAAAUGGCGAUCACAUCGCAAACUGAUCGCUCCCACAUUCCACUUGAACGUCCUCAAGAGCUUCAUCGAUCUCUUCAACGCCAACUCGAGGGCUGUCGUGGACAAAAUGAAGAAAGAAGCCGGCGUAUUCGAUUGCCACGAUUACAUGAGCGAGUGCACGGUUGAGAUAUUGUUAGAGACCGCCAUGGGUGUCAGCAAAAGUACUCAGGACCAAAGUGGAUUCGAAUACGCGAUGGCUGUUAUGAAAAUGUGUGACAUUCUGCACUUGAGACAUACCAAGAUUUGGCUAAGACCCGAAAUGAUAUUCAAUUUUACUAAAUACGCGAAGAGUCAAACGAAGCUUCUUGAUAUCAUUCAUGGAUUGACUAAAAAGGUCAUCAAGAGGAAGAAGGAAGAAUUCCAAUCAGGCAAAAAACCUUCCGUAUUAAAUGAAACCACGGAAGUGAAAAAAACAGUCAACGAAAACAGCGAACCUGCAGCCAAAACUACGUCCGUGGAAGGUCUGUCAUUUGGACAAUCAUCAGGAUUGAAAGACGAUCUGGAUGUAGAUGAUAACGAUGUAGGUGAAAAGAAACGUUUGGCCUUCCUCGACCUUCUUCUGGAAAGUUCUCAGAGCGGUGUUGUGAUUUCUGAUGAAGAAAUUAAAGAACAAGUUGACACUAUUAUGUUUGAGGGUCAUGACACAACAGCAGCUGGAAGUAGUUUCUUCCUUUCUAUGAUGGGAAUCCAUCAACAUAUCCAAGACAAAGUUAUUGAAGAAUUAGAUCAGAUUUUCGGUGACUCUGAUCGCCCCGCCACAUUCCAAGACACAUUGGAGAUGAAGUAUCUUGAGAGAUGCCUGAUGGAGACGCUUAGGAUGUACCCUCCAGUACCUAUUAUUGCUCGACAUCUCAAACAAGAUGUUGUUCUUCCGUCCAACGGGAAGAAAGUGCCAGCCGGCACCACGAUCAUUAUCGCGACGAUAAAGCUCCACCGCCGGCCGGACAUUUACCCAAACCCCGACAAGUUCGACCCGGACAACUUCCUGCCAGAACGCUCAGCUAACCGCCAUUACUACGCCUUCGUGCCCUUCUCUGCUGGGCCUAGGAGUUGUGUCGGACGUAAAUACGCCAUGUUGAAGUUGAAGAUCAUCCUGUCCACUAUUCUAAGGAACUUCCGAGUCCAUUCGGAUCUCAAGGAAGAAGACUUCAAGCUACAAGCAGACAUUAUCCUCAAGAGAGCGGAAGGUUUCAAAGUUCGGUUGACGCCCCGCAAAAGGAUAACCAAAGCAUGCUAAAUAAUUUUAAAGAAGCGCAUUAAAGGUCAGCUCGAUCUUCACCAUUUACAGUGUUCGAAGAGUUCACUAGGGUGACGUAACUUAUUUUUUUAGUCAGAGGUGAAAUUGGACACUUUUUGUUUAGUUAUUACGAUUACUUCGAUAACAAAAUUGUAUAACAAUGGUAAUAUCAUCAAGUCAACACUUCGACAAAGCUAAUUUUGUAGUAAGCUUUAUUUUAAAAUAUGCUUAAGGUCAAUGCGCUAUCUUGUAACUUUAGCAAUAAAAUUUACUUAGUUCUAAUUCAUCACUCGCAGAUACGUACAGUGUUUUCUUCUUCAUAGCAAAGUAGGUAUCUCGUUUUUGUGAUAGAUACCAGUACUGACUAAGUUAUUUUAGAUCAUUUUCGAGAUCAAAUUAGUAAUAUACGAGAGAAAAUACACGGGGUUACUUGGUGUAAGGAUUGCUCAAAAAUGGUUACUUUGGUAUUUAAUGUGUAAAUAAGUAGUUAUGUUUUUAGGUUAAAAUAAAUUAAUAAACACCGUUA